AUGCCGUCCAAGAUCAGAGUCGGCUGGCAUCGCGAGCACUUCCUGUCCCCUCUCCUCCAGCUUGUGGAGAAGGACAACGGAGAGACCAUCGAGCUUGUAGAAUGCCCAGGUGGUACAGGAGAGAUGCAGGUCAAGCUCAAGGAGGGUGAGAUCGACUUGUGCAUUGCUUUGACCGAUGCUCUUAUCGCCGGUCUGGCGAACGGUCAAACUUCGUACAAGCUUGUCGGGCGAUAUAUCGCCAGUCCUCUUCGAUGGGCCAUCAUCACAGGCAAAGACAGCAAGUACAACUCUAUCGAUCAGCUCAAGGGUACUGCUUUUGGUAUCUCGAGGCUUGGAAGUGGUUCUCAAGUGAUGGCUUCCGUAUUAUCUCUCCAAGAAGGUUGGACCGAGGAGGAUCAACCCAAGUUUAAAGUCAAUGGCCAGUUCAAGCCUCUCCGCGACUCUGUUAAUUCAGAAGAAACCUCUGUUUUCCUUUGGGAGUGGUUCACGACGAAACCCUACGUGGACUCUGGAGAAGUUCGCUUCAUCGGUUCUGUCUACACACCUUGGCCUUGCUGGCACAUUGCUGCCUCUCCUGCCGCCGACUCGGCAGCCAUCAAGACCUUCCUCACCUCGCUGCAACCCUACGUUCAACAUUUCAACUCGCCCGCCGCCCGCGAAAGCGGAGACGUCGACUUUGUGCACAACUUUUUCGGACAGAAGAAGGAGGAUGUCGUAGAGUGGCUGAAGAGUGUGAGAUGGGAGGAUCAGCUGUUGGAGGUGAAGGAAGAUGUCGUCAGAGAGACGUUGAGGGUGCUGGGCAAAGCAGGCGUCGUAAAGCCUGAAGCCGAGAAACUGGAUAUUGAAACGUUCGUCAACACUGAUGUGGCAACAAUCAUCUAG